AAUGUGAUGUCAGUUCUUGAAAUUUAGAGAAAAGAUUGGUUUUUUAUGUUUACUUCAAUGUGAUGAUGAUCAGUUCUUGAAAUUUAGAGAAAAGAUUGGUUUUUUAUGUUUACUUCAAUGUGAUGAUGAUCAGUUCUUGAAAUUUAGAGAAAAGAUUGGUUUUUUAUGUUUAAUUCAAUGUGAUGUCAGUUCUUGAAAUUUAGAGAAAAGAUUGGUUUUUUAUGUUUACUUCAAUGUGAUGAUGAUCAGUUCUUGAAAUUUAGAGAAAAGAUUGGUUUUUUAUGUUUACUUCAAUGUGAUGAUGAUCAGUUCUUGAGAUUUAGAGAAAACAUUGGUUUUUUAUGUUUACUUCAAUGUGAUGAUGAUCAGUUCUUGAGAUUUAGAGAAAAGAUUGGUUUUUUAUGUUUAAUUCAAUGUGAUGUCAGUUCUUGAAAUUUAGAGAAAAGAUUGGUUUUUUUUUUUGUUUACUUCAAUGUGAUGAUCAGUUCUUGAAAUUUAGAGAAAAGAUUGGUUUUUUUAUGUAUACUUCAAUGAGAAUAUGAGUGAUCAUAGUUGAUAAAUUACAGUGUGUAAACUGUUUAUGGUGACAUAUUUUCAAUUCUUUGAUAUAUGAAGGGAGGAAUGUGAUUUCUUCAACUAAUUUUUAACAAUGGCUGAAUCAUUGUUCCUCAAAUAUAAGUUGAAGCUUCCAAUAAGCUCUAAUCCGCGAAGCCUAGGCUCAUUUCCGCGUGCUCAACUACAUUUUCGAAGCUAUGAGCUACACUUAAAGAAGAGUAAUUGCUUAGGCCAAUCCAUCAGUUGCUCUAGUAGGCCUACACCGGUCUCUGCUGUAAGCUCAGACCGUGCACAUUCCAUAACCCGGAAACCUCUGCGAGUGAAGCACAAGAGCUUCAAGGAAUGGGAUACGGCCACAGCAAAAUUUGCUGGAGCUGCGAAUAUCCCGUUUCUGUUACUGCAACUGCCUCAGAUCAUGCUCAAUUAUCAGAAUCUGAUGGCAGGGAAUAAGUCUGCACUUUUGGCUGUUCCAUGGCUGGGUAUGCUUACUGGAUUGCUCGGGAAUCUGUCUUUGCUCUCGUAUUUUAUCAAGAAGAGAGAAAGUGAAGCAGUGGCGAUCCAGUUGGUAGGAGUCGUGUCCAUAUACGUCGUCCUUUUGCAGCUGGCUAUGGCUGAAGCUAUGCCUCUUCCUCAUUUUGUGGCCACUUCGAUAGUGACUGUAUCCGGUGUCGUUAUAAAUUUGAUGAAACGCUUCGAUUUGCUUGAUCGUGGAGUCUGGAAACAUUGGGAAGACUUUAUUACCAUAGCCGGCCUAUCUGCACUUCCACAAGUAAUGUGGUCGACUUUCGUCCCAAUCGUCCCAAACACUGCCUUGCCCGGCUGCAUUUCCCUUUUUACUGCAACGCUCGCCGUUUCUAUGGCGCGGAUGGGGAAACUGUCGAAGAAAGGUGGAUCGAUAUCUGGAUGGACAGCCACUCUUCUGUUUAUGUGGAUGCCUGUUGCACAAAUGUGGACAAAUCUUCAUAAUCCUGCAAAUGUAAAAGGUCUAUCUGCGGUCACAAUGUUGCUGGCCAUGGUUGGCAACGGCCUGCUGAUCCCACGAGCACUACUCACUCGAGACUUAAUGUGGUUCACUGGUUCAACUUGGGCAUGUGUUUUCUACGGAUGGGGAAAUCUCGUCUGCCUGUACUGUUUCAAUAGUAUCAGCUGGGAGUUGUUCUUGACUUGCAGUCUUGGCUUUCUUGCUUGGAUAGGAAUCACUUUGUGGAGAGAUGCACAAGUGCAUGGACAUUCCUCAUCCUUCACUUCUUUGAAGCAUCUCAUUUUUGAACAUUGAUCUUGUUUCCAUCUUUUUACUUGCUGAUGCUGCUGCUGUGUGUACCGGUUGAGGUGUUCGAGGCGACUACAUGGCCGUGCCUCCGCGCAGAAUAUACGGUUGCAAACUUACAAUGCUUAUUGAUACUUGGAGCAAAGUGAAUAAGGUGUAGAGGGCAUGUGCAGUUUAUGAGGUGCCAAUAUACUUUGGUAGAUUACUUGUGGAUGAUAGAAUGGAUCUUCAGCAAAGUACUACUGCUCAAAAACAAUAGCAUGACCCUUCUCACGUGUUGUUUCAAUGUAUAACUAUGUAGCUCUAAUCAUAUUGGUUUAGGUUGUAAAUAUGGAAUUGUUGCACAAAUGGUUACAUCUUCUAUCAUUCGAUCUAUUUGUCGAUUUUGUUCAA